AUCAAUUCACGGAUCUUCAUAUAAUUGUACAAUUAUCAAAAACACGGUUUGUUAAAGGAACAUUAUACAGAGUCAUUCCGUAUCGUUUUUAUCCGGUUCAGCGCUAUUUGUUUGUCUUUUCUGACGGAAAUAAACAUUCAGUCUAACAAACAACAGUGUGAGGAACUAAUGCUAAAUACAUUUAUUUUUCUUGGUCCCACCACACAGCAGUUCAGCAUCUUCAUUUAGCUUAGAAGUGAAGAAGAUUCAAUUUGUGAAAGAAAACUGAAAACAUGAAUGAUCCAGAGCCCUGCGGAAUAAAAGAGGAAGAUACUGAACAACAAAUAGACCUGUUUGAAGAGAGCAAGGAGACUGAAGCACUCAUUGAAGAGGGGGAGAAACAUCAUGUCAAGACUGAAGAAACAUCCUGGAGCCCUUCACUGAAAAACGACAAUACAUGUUUCACUUACCCUCAGUGUGGAAAGAGUUUCUCAUGCAAGCAAAAUCUGGACCUUCACAUAAAAUGUCACAGUGGGGGGACGCUGUAUGCUUGUGAGCAGUGCGGUGAGAUUUUCGCAAUAAAAGAAAACCUAACUGAACACAUGAAAAUCCACACCGCAGAGAAGAAACACAUAUGUCAUCAGUGUGGGAAGGGUUUUACACAAAAAGGAAACCUUAACCAACACAUGAAAAUCCACACCGGAGAGAAACCGCACACGUGUGAUCAGUGCGGGAAGAGUUAUGUACGAAAAGCAGCCCUUAAUGAUCACAUGAAAAUCCACACCGGAGAGAGUCUUCACAAGUGUGAUCAGUGCGGGAAGAGUUUUUCACAAAAAGGAAACCUUAAUGAACACAUGAAAGUCCACACCGGAGAGAGGCCGUUCACAUGCGAUCAGUGUGAGAAGAGAUUUGCAUAUAAAAGUAACCUCAACGAACACAUGAAAACCCACACUGGAGAGAAACCAUACGCAUGUGAUCAGUGCGGCCAGAGUUUCACAAAAAAAGGAGCCCUUAAUGAACAUGUGAAAAUCCACACCGGAGAGAAACCGCACACGUGUGAUCAAUGUGGGAAGAGUUACGCACGAAAAGGAGCCCUUAAUGAACACAUGAAAGUUCACACUGGAGAGAAGAAGUACACGUGUGAUCAGUGCGGGAAGAGUUACGCACGAAAAGGAGCGCUUAAUGAUCACAUGAAAAUCCACACCGGAGAAAAGCCGUACACUUGUGAUCAGUGCGGAAAGAGUUUCAUAAAAUCAGGUGUUUAUAAAGUACAUCUGCUUACUCAUUCUAGAGAAAGGCUGUAUAGUUGUGACCAGUGCGGUAAAAAGUUUUCUAGGGCAGAUUUCCUGAAGGACCACCUGAAAAUUCAUACAAAGGAGAAGCCUUACGUGUGUUCUUUAUGUGGAAAGAGUUUUAGGAAGAGGAGUGCUUUUAAACUACACCAGAAAAGACACAGCGGCGUGAAGGAUUAUGUCUGCUCUGAGUGUGGGAAGACUUUUUUCACAUAUGGUGCACUGCAAGUGCACCAGCCAGUUCACUCUACAGAAACACCUUUCAAGUGUUCACACUGUGACAAGAGCUUCAAACGGUUACAAUAUCUGAAAAUACAUGAGAGGAUCCACACCGGAGAGAAACCGUAUCACUGCCAUCCAUGUGGGAAGAGUUUCACCAAUUUUUCUUCUCUAACCAGUCAUAAAAAUAAAUGCAUUCAUGAAAACGACACUACAAAGAAGUCACACACAUGUGAACAAUGUGGGAAAUGUUUUGCACAAAAAACUAACCUUAAUGAUCACAUGACAAUCCACACCGGAGAGAAACCGCACACGUGUGAUCAGUGCGGGAAGAGUUACGCACGAAAAGGAGCGCUUAAUUUCCACAUGAAAGUCCACACCGGAGAAAAGCCGUACACUUGUGAUCAGUGCGGGAAGAGUUUCAGAAAAUCAGGGGUUUAUAAAGUACACCUGCUUACUCAUUCUAGAGAAAGGCUGUAUAGCUGUGACCAGUGCGGUAAAAAGUUUUUUAGGGCAGAUUUCCUGAAGGACCACCUGAAAGUUCAUACAAAGGAGAAGCCUUACGUGUGUUCUUUGUGUGGAAAGAGUUUCAGGCAGAUGUGUGCUUUAAAGAUACACCAGAAAAGACACAGCGGCGUGAAGGAUCAUGCUUGCUCUGAAUGUGGGAAGACUUUUGUUACAGAAAGUGCUCUGAAGGUGCAUCACACAGUUCACUCUACAGAAACGCCUUUCAAGUGUUCACACUGUGGCAAGAGAUUCAAACGGUCUGAUUAUCUGAAAAUACACGAGAGGGUCCACACUGGAGAGAAACCGUACACAUGUGAUGAGUGUGGAAAGAGCUUCACUCAUUUUUCUUCUCUAACCAGUCAUAAAAAAAUGCAUGUCUGAAAUUACAAUUACAAGUAGUUUGAUUUCUGAUCUGUUGACUGCAUCAAACUAUCAUGCUGGUAAUUGAUUAAUCAAAGAUUAUUAGAAAAAUAAACUUCUUGAUUAUUUCAAAUUAAUAUUUUUUUAAUUUGCUUUAUUGUAAGCAUUGUAAUUCUGUCUUUAUAUUUUAUGUUACUUACGGAUGUACAGUGGGGCAAAAAAUAUUUUGGCCCAUUCCUCCAUGCAGAUCUCCUCUAGACCAGUAAUGUUUUGGGGCUGUUGCUGGGCAUCCAAAGAUUGUCUGGGUUUGAGAUCAGGAGACUAGCUAGGCCGCUCCAGGACCUUGAAAUGCUUUUUACGAAGCCACUCCUUUGUUGCCUGGGCGGUGUGUUUGGGAUCAUAGUCACUGAAAGUCACAACCACAUUUAAUCUUCAAUGCCCUUGCUGAUGGAAGGAGGUUUUCACUCAUGAUACAUGGCUCCAUUUAUCAUCAGAUUAGUCGUCCUGGUCCCUUUGCAGAAAAACAGCCCCAAAGCAUGAUGUUUCCACCCCCAUGCUUCACAGUAGGUAUGAUGUUCUUUGGAUGGAACUCAGCAAUUUUUCUCCGCCAAACACGAAAAGUUCAGUUUUUACCAAAAUUUUCAUCUGAUCAUGACAUUCUCCCAAUCCUCUUCUGGAUCAUCCAAUUGCUCUCUAACUGACUUCAAACGGGCCUCAACAUGUACUGGCUUAAGCAGGGGGACACAUCUGGCACUGCAGGAUUUGAGUUCCUUGUGGCGCCGUGUGUUACUGAUAGGAGCCUUUGUUACUUUGGUCCCAGCUCUCUGCAGGUCAUUCACUAGGUAUGGUAUGGUUCUGGGAUUUUUGCUCCCAGUUCCUGUGA